AUGGCGGCAUUCAAGAGAAAACGUGGAGGAGAGGGUCCAGUUAACAAAAAAGCCAAAAAGAUUCAAUUUGUCGUGGAUGGUGGAGAAAAACCUGAUGAGCUCGAACAGGGGGCAAAUAAUGAAGUUACAGUCCCAGCACCGGUUUCGUUGGGUAAAUGGACCAACAAGGAAAGGGUUCUCAUCUUUUCCUCAAGAGGAAUCAACUUCAGAACAAGACACUUGAUGCAGGAUCUGAGGACCAUGAUGCCUCAUUCUAAAGCAGAUACGAAAAUGGACAGAAAGGACAAGUUGUUUGUGGUUAAUGAGGUGUGCGAAAUAAAAAACUGCAACAAAUGCAUCUUCUUUGAAGCCAAAAAGAAGCAAGACCUCUACAUGUGGAUAUCAAACUGCCCUCAUGGACCUUCUGCCAAGUUUUUAGUUCAGAAUAUUCAUACUCUGGCUGAACUUAAAAUGACUGGAAACUGCCUGAAGGGAUCCCGACCGCUGCUCUCAUUUGAUCCUAAAUUUGACAAGGAGCCACAGUACGCUUUACUGAAAGAGCUCUUCAUCCAGACAUUUUCCACUCCACACUACCAUCCAAAAAGUCAGCCCUUUGUGGACCAUGUCUUCACCUUCUCCAUCGCAGACGACCGGAUAUGGUUCAGAAACUACCAGAUCAUUGAAGAGGACGCCGCACUGGUGGAGAUUGGGCCUCGAUUUGUUCUCAACCUCAUGAAGAUCUUCCAAGGAAGUUUUGGAGGGCCCACGCUCUACGAAAACCCACACUUCAAGUCUCCGAACUUGCAUAGGCGGGAGCUGCGUCUGGCAGCCGCAGCCAAAGUGCGCGAGAAGCAGAUGGUGAAGGAGUUACAGAAAGUGAAGCGGACGGAGGCAAAGGAGAACUUAAACAAAGACGUCACAGCUGACGUUUUCGUCACUCCGGCUGAGGAGAAGCCGGUUCACAUCCAGACGGAGGCGCCCGAGCCAAAACCGGUGAAGAAGAACAAGCACAAAGCUUUCAAAAGACAAAGGAUGCAGAGGGCACGGAGAUAA